CAUUUGGUACGACCUCGUCAGUCUACGUCACGCUAUUGGCGAGGUUUCCCAGAUGCCACUGCGCUGCACAAAAGUGUUCAAUUUAUGGAUGGCCGCCAUACUGGUGGGAGAGGAUCUAACACCAAGACGGCACAUAUGCCUAAAUUCAGGUGUUCUAGGUCGCACUGAUGCAGCACACGCCACCACAAAUAAAAGAAAGAUUGCUAGAAGGCAUAGAUAAUGAUAAUAAUGUGGUGGACCUGUCCAAAGUGUUGGAGGUUAUCAGCAUUCUCGAGACCUACCCCAUCACUCGAGAUAUAUUGGAAGAAACCCGAAUUGGAAGGCUGGUCAACGAUGUACGACGAAAAACAACAAACAAGGUGCUGGCCAAACGAGCCAAAGAACUGGUUCGAGGUUGGCAAAAGUUGGUUAGUGGUGGUACAGAAGCCAGCCCCGCUGUUAAUGGAGACGGGGUGAAAAAUGCCACCAACAGGCUGCAAGGCAUGAUCAAACCACAGAGCCCGGCUAUUUCACAACUAGCUCACUCUGUGUCUGUAAAUAAACUUGUGUCACCACGACAAAAUGUGGACUCUAGUCUUUCACGUUCGCACAUGCAGUACAAACCAAGCACGCCUUCAUUACCGAAUACGAACAACAAGGUCUCAUCCAAUCAUUCAACAAAAAGAUCCAACUCGUCCCCACUAUGUGGCAAUGCAAGUGCUGCCAAAAAACCAUGUAUUUCACCUAGUGUUGUCAACUCGCAGCCCACAAACUCUCGGCCUACUACCCCAGAUAGUGUGUGUAGUCAUAGCAGUCGCGGUAGUUAUUCCUCUACAAAUAAUGGCAAAUUACAAAGACCACCUGGAACAUAUUCUAAAAACCGUGCUUUAUCAAUAUCUAGUGCUAAUGAUGAUAGUGAACUCCAGAGAACUCGCUCUGAGGUCAAUCUUCAAUCUUCUAAUAGUUCCCAAAACUUCAAUUUAAGGGCCUCCCAGUCGACUAGCGAUUUAGUGGCGAAAGGCAAGUCAGGUAAAAAUGGUAUGGUUGUGUCUGAUAUUAAUUUUAACGGUGGGGAGAUAUUAACUCCAACUCAUUCCAUAGAAACGAAAGGUCUUAAAACUACUAUCAGAUUUAACAAGACCUCCCCACCAGUGCCACAUCAUCCGCCAGUAAAUGGAGUUUUGGAGACGCCUGUAAAACGAGGUAGAGGGCGGCCUCCAAAGAACAAAUCUACGGAUCAGCAAAUCUCCCCGCAAAAUGGAUCUGUUUCAAGUGCAAAAUCUUUAUCAGAGAAACGGAAAGCAAAAUUGGAAAUAAAAACUAAAGUGGAGAGUCGAACAGAUGUGGAUUCCCCCAGUUUGGAUAUUUUUGUGAGUAGAACACCAAAAGUGAAGAGCACUGCUGAAAUCAUGCAAGACCUACAAGCUAAAAAUAGUUUAUCUGUCGGUAAAGAUACCGCAAGGCAGAUAACAGAUAAUUUAUUUGCAAGGGAACCAGAUGAAAAAUUUGUCUCAAAUGUCCCUGACGGUGCUAAACCCCGGCAUCAUAAGAAGAGAGAGGCUCCAUCCAGUGCACCAGUGUCUUUACAAACUAAACAAGAAAUGGUUGAAAAGUUUUUGCAAACAUCCGUUCCACCGACCGGCCAAGAGGAUUUGAGUCCAUUAAAGUAUGAGCUUCUCCGUACUGAGUCCCCGGGAAAUGCGUCCACAAGUUUUGAAGACAGCUUUGAGGGUCAUCACAACAGUGGUCAGAGAGAAAUGACGACCAAACCAGAAGUAUCUGGAAAACCUGUUCAAAAUGUUGUUUCAAAUGUGAUCUCCUACAAAAACACUUCAGAUGAUAUCGUUUCAGAUGAAACCAAACCAAAGUUAGUCACCUCAGGUCCGAUUGAAUCCAGUGGCAAUAAGCAAUUAACAUUAGAGGAAAUAUACAGCAGAUAUCCACCACUAGAUCGUGAUCAUUUUCAGCUCGAUGACGAUUCUUACGAAGUUGAUGAACCCGUAGAAGUAACUGACGCAGACACUGAACGCUUGCAUAGUGAACACUGGUCUGGUGUGAACGGGUAUCAAGAUCAUUGGGGUGAAUGGAGGGAUUGGGGGCAGACUCUUACUUUAACCUCAUACAAAGGGGACUUUCUGCACAUUUUGCCAUAUGUUGUCACAGACGAUUGAGAAAUGUUUUGUUUUUUAAUUUGUUUUGUGAUAUUCCAUUAUUUUUCAGCAUAUUUUGCUUCUUUCUCACUUUUUUUCCCAACUGAAAAUUCAAUAAUUUCUUGGAUUGAUUAUUUAAUAUUAGUACUUAAGAAACAAGAAAGCUUUGGAACGCUAGUAUGCUAAUGUGUGUUUCCAAUUUGCCAUGUGCAUUUGCUUUUGCCUUCAGUCAUACCAUGUUGUUUUCUGCUGAAGAUUUUGUUGUUGUUUAUUUUUCAAAGGAUUUGUUUUACUUCCUUAAUGUACAUCAUUGUUUAUAGCAGCUGUAAGCUUUCUAUUCAUCUAUACAAAAAAUAUGGCCAUUUCUGUACUUUUUCCUUUUUCAAUUUGAAUCGUUCUUUCAAUUAGAAUAACAGGCAUAAUGUAUUAUGAAAAAUGUUUUUCUUUGAUUAUAUUAUUUAUGGAUAUGACAAUGAACAUGGAUUGAUAAAGCAUGCUGUUUGAAAUGUUUUUUUCACAUUAGUCUUAUUAUGCAAGCAUAUUUGUUGAUUUCACGAUAUCUUUGAAGUGCUUUAUCGAUUAAUACAACCAGAAGUUUUUGCAAAUUGAAAUGUUUUGAUUUUGUUAGGGAUUGUCUGUUUAUGUGAUGGCUGUCAAUAAGUAUAUGUGAUAUUCUUUUGUCAUAUUGGUGUGGCGAGAUUUUUACCACUUUUGUAAGUAUUGUACAGUUAGUUGGAUAAGUUGUUUGUUUAAAGCAAUACAUAUGUCGACUUUAUAGAACUUCAUUUGCUCGCAUUUCAUUUGUGUUAAAAUAUACUGAUACGUUAUAUAAUAUGUUAUACAUGAUCAUAAUUAUAUACAUUUAAUCUGCCUUAAAACAAAGGUACAUUAUAUGGACUUAAACUUUGUCUGUGACACGUAACUAGUUAUUUAACUAAUGAUAUGGUAUUACAAAUUGCGCAGCUUGCUUGAUAAGGAAUAUCCCUUUGAGGAAACAUAACUUAAAACAUAACAAAGGCUCUAAGGGUAAGGGCAGUGUUUAGUACACGUGCUUCUCAUUAAGGCAACUCUGGUUCCAUCCCCCUUACCGAAAUCAUCAGUUUGGUUGGUGGUCACCAUACCAGACAUGGGGAUUCCACCUGAUUCUCCUGCUUCCAUUCACUUUGAUCUGUUUAUGAAAUGCACCAGUAUCCAAGUUAAUUUUGCACUUGUUUAUUCAAAUCUUGUUAAUAAUGUAUUUUCAGUUUUUUUCCUGUCCCAUAAUCUUGAAGGCCUUAUAUAUUUCACACACUUUUCAAGUAUUUUUUCAUAAAUAAACACAGUAUUACUCCUUAGUCUCCUUGUAACUUGCCUUGCAUAAAAAGCAAGUUAUUUUUUGUAUUAAAUAUUAUUUGUGACAGUGUACUCAAGGGAGUUUAAAUGUUUUGGUAAGUUGUAUUAUCUUAGGAACAUUCCAUCCUGAUAUUAUUAUCCUAUUAAUUGAUUGAUGUGCAGUUGGGCCAUGUACUUCAACAUGGAAUAUGGUGCUCCAGAAGACAUUAUGAUAAGAUAGUGUCUGAAAGGUACUGGUUUUGUUGAGGAAAAUUGAAAUUGCCAGUAAGCUUCUGCUUUUAGACAUAAGCUUUUAUUAAAAGAAAAAACUUAUUUUUUUAUUCUAUACACAGUUCUGAAGAGGCAUAUAAAUAGAAAUAUAUAUUUUUGCUAGGUGGUAUAAAAUUAAAAGAGUAAUUUAACCAUCAAACUACCAAUUGGUAUUGCACAUUUUGAAAAAGAAAAAUUGUUUAUGUUAAUUAUUAGUUUUGUUAGCUCACCUGUCACGAAGUGACAUGGUGAGCUAAUGUGACCGUGUGAUGUCCGGCGUCCGUUGUGUGUGCGUGGGUUCGUCAACAAUUUGUUUGUGUAGACAGUAGAGGUCACAGUUUUCAUCCAAUCUUUAUGAAAUGUGGUCAGAAUGUUUAUCUUGAUGAAAUCUGGGUUGGGAUUGUAUUUGGGUCAUCUGGGGUAAAAAACUAGGUCACCAGGUCAAAAACUAGGUCACAUAAUAGGUAAAAUAAUAGAAAAACCUUGUGUAGACCAUAGAGGUCGCAGUUUUCAUUAAAUAUUUAUGAAAUUCAGUCAGAAUGUUUAUCUUGAUGAAAUCUGGGUUGGGAUUGUAUUUGGGUCAUCUGGGGUCAAAAACUAGGUCACUAGGUCAAAAACUUGGUCAAAUAAUAGAAAAACCUUGUGUAGACAAUAGAGGUCGCAGUUUUCAUCCAAUCUUUAUGAAAUAUGGUCAGAAUGUUUAUCUUGAUGAAAUCUGGGUUGGGAAUGUAUUUGGGUCAUCUGGGGUCAAAAACUAGGUCACUAUGUCAAAAACUAGGUCAAAUAAUAGAAAAACCUUGUGUAGACAAUAGAGGUCGCAGUUUUCAUCCAAUCUAUAUGAACUUUGGUCAGAAUGUUUAUCUUGAUGAAAUCUGGCUUGGUAAUGUAUUUGGGUCAUCUGGGGUCAAAAACUAGGUCAAAUAAUAGAAAAGCCUUGUGUAGACAAUAGAGGUCGCAGUUUUCAUCCAAUCUGUAUGAAAUUUUGUAAGAAUGUUUAUCUUGAUGAAAUCUGGGCUGGGAAUGUAUUUGGGUCAUCUGGGGUCAAAAACUAGGUCACUAGGUCAAAUAAUAGAAAAACCAUCAACAAUUUGUUUGUGUAGACAGUAGAGGUCACAGUUUUCAUCCAAUCUUUAUGGAAUUUGGUCAGAAUGUUUAUCUUGAUGAAAUCUGGGUUGGGAGUGUAUUUGGGUCAUCUUGGGUCAAAAACUAGGUCACCAGGUCAAAUAAUAGAAAAACCUUGUGUAGACAAUAGAGGUCACAGUUUUCAUCCAAUCCCCAUGAAAUUUGGUCAGAAUGUUUGUCUUGAUGAAAUCUGGGUUGGGAUUGUAUUUGGGUCACCUGGGGUCAAAAACUAGGCCAAUAGGUCAAAUAUUAGAAAAACCUUGUGUAGACUAUAGAGGUCACAGUUUUCAUCCAAUCUUUAUGACAUUUGUUCAGAAUGUUUAUCUUGAUGAAAACUGGGUUGGGAUUAAAUUUGGUUAGUCAGGUGAGGGAUUCAGGGCGAUCAUGGCCCUCUUGUUUGAGAUAUCAUCGACUUCCGUGGUAAAUAUUUGUAAUAUGUACAGUUAAUUAAAAAAAAACUACAUUAUGUUGCAAAUACAUUUCUCAUUUUUAGAUGUGUUUCUUCAGUCAUGGUAAUCUUUUAUUUUUGGAUCUGAAUGUUAGAAAGGAAAUUGUGUAAUUGCUCUUUUUAUCUUUUUCAAAUAAGUUUUCAUCAAGCUUCAAGCUUUUGUCACAGCAAAUUUCAUUGUAUAUUCCAUCAAUUAAAUUUCAUCACAUAAUGGUUGAAAGGCGUUCUUAAAAAGUUGAAGCAUGUGGUUGUUUUGUACAUGUACAAUUUAUUUAUUUGAUGUUGACAUUUUCAAUUCUAUUACAUUUUCAUGUAUGUACAGUCAUGCAGAAAUAUUAAAAUCUGAAAGUUA